CUAAAGUGUGAAAAUGUCAGAAAGACCAAAACGGCCUAUGUCAGCGUAUUUCCUUUGGCUGAACAGUGUCAGAGAGGAGAUCAAAGCCGAGAACCCUGGCAUCAAAGUCACGGAGAUCGCCAAGUUGGCAGGGCAAAUGUGGCAAAAGAUGGACGACAAGAGUGUAUGGCAAGAGCAAGCUGCAAAAUUGAAGUUGAAGUACUUGAAAGAUAUAGAAGAAUAUAACUCAAAGAACGGCAGCGGCGAGGGCCAAGUUAAACGAUCUUCGCGAUUCUCGUCAUCUUCGUCUGAUGACGAUGAGGACACCGAAUGA